AGAAAGAAAACAGAACAAAACAUAAAAUCUAAAGCAGACAAUCAGGUGAUGAGUCGCAAGCGUUAUCCAAAAUCAGAACCAGCGUUGACUUUUGUUCCUUCAAGAAACGUUAGCUAUUGGACUUCUCCUCUCCAUCUUCAUCACCAUUCCCAAAUUCACGGAUGACUCUUCCAUGGACACAUCAAUUUCUCAGUCUCCCCUUGCCCUUUCUGUUAAGCAUUUUUUACUGGUCGUAGAGCCUUAUAUUUUCUGGGUUGCCAAACGGGUCAAGUUUUAUCCACUCUCUUCAAUUUCGUCGCCCUAAUCCAAUCCAAUUAGGUGCGUGCGUGCAGACUUCCUUUGCCCGUUCCUCGCGCGAGACGCCAUCUCUACAGUUCUCUUUUUUUCUAUUAUGUUCGUAUGCUCGUCAUUUGCUUUUAUUCUUGCUCUUUAUCUCCAUAUUCCUCUCUCUCUCUCUCUCUCUCUCUCUCUCUCUAUAUAUAUAUAUAUAUAUGUGUGUGUGUGUGUUUAAUUAUGUUCUUACUGAUGUACAUUGGUUACAAGCGUUUCCCUGUUCAAUUGUCUUGAUUCUGGAGUUGGAAACCUGAAGUUUGAUUUUAUCUUAUCCGCAUUUGGACCCGGUAGAGAAGGGUAUUCUCUUGUUGCUGAUAAGCCUCUUUGAGCCUUCAGUUGUUCAAUUGCUUGUUUUCCGAGUUUGGGAACCUUGAACUUAAGAUUACAAUCAAAACCCACAAUUUGGUCUAGAGUUAUAUGAUCUGGACCUGGCAAGAUAGAGAACUUUCUUGUUUGUUGUGUGUUCACUAGAAAUCCCCUUGUCUUGCCGUUCACUUGUUCAAUUACCUCGUAUUCUUAAGAAUCCAAACCCAAAAUUUGAUCUUGUAUUAUAUGGAUUUGGCACUGGUAAAGAAAGGUUUUGAUUGUACCAAGAGGAGGAGGUGGGUUUUUGCGUUGGCAGCUUUAGGUUGUACAGGUUAUUGUGCGUAUAAGGUUUACCACUUGCCUUAUGUCGUUAAGAAGAAGAAUCGGUUGUUGAAGCUAUUUGGAGCCCUGAUUUCUGUUGUGGAAGCUACAUCAGAUUCAGCUGAGGUGAUUGGGGUUGUGUCAAGGGACUUGAAGAAGUUUGUCCAAUCCGAUUCGCACCAAAUCCCUAACAGUUUGAGGCAAUUUUCCAAGAUUACAGAGUCAGAGGAGCUUUCGGAGUCCGUGAUUGAAGUUACAAAGGCUUUAACUGUGGGAAUAUUGAGCGGGUAUCGGUCAGAAGCAAGGAAGGGUUAUGGGAUUAGUGCCAAUUCAAGCUUUCUGGAUCAGGUUUUGGAUAAACUAUUCUCUGUAGCUGGCUCUGGUUUUGCUUCGGUGGCUGUUGGAAGCUUUGCUAGGAACUUGGUCAUGGCUCUUUAUUCUGAAGCUGUGUCUAGUGGGGAAUCAAAUAGGAAGAACUCAACUAGUAUUGCCCUUGACGAUUCUAAACUGAAUUAUGCCCCAGAGUGGGUUAAUGACUUAAGCAGCGAGAAGAGCAAAGAACUCAUUGGUGGCUGUAUCCAGUUGUUUGUGAGCACUGCAGUUGCUGUUUAUCUUGACAAGACGAUGCACAUCAACCCGUAUGACGAAAUUUUCUCGGGGCUGACUAAUCCUAAGCAUGAAAGGGAAGUGAAGGAAAUGUUGGGUUCAAUUUGCAACGGUGCAGUAGAAACUCUUAUCAGGACAUCUAAUCAAGUCUUGACAGUAAACUCAAAUUCAAGUUAUCCAUAUCUAGUCAUCAAUGAUGAUCUUGGAAGUCAGACUACUGCUAGUGAAGACCUUAUUGGGCCAGCUACUGAGCUGAUAGCAGCAAAAUCAUUUGACAAUGAGCAUGGUGGGUGGUGGGCUAAUAAGAUAUCGUCUACUUUGGAAGUUCCAAGCAACAGGAAGUUUCUUCUUGAUUUGACUGGGAUAGUAACGUUUGAAACAGUUAGAUCAUUCCAGGACUAUUUGAUGGAGAAAAUGUGCGAUGGCAUGAGAAGUAGUUUCGGUGUUGCUCACGAGGCUGUUGUUGACAAGAGCGACGAAGUGUUCAGAUACAUGAGAGAAAAAUCAGCUGCCAUUGUUACAAUAUCUAUUGCUUUGUGCUUGCAUAUACUGGGCAGUCCUUUGAUUUUGGUGCCAGAAUAGGUUUCCCAUAUGUUCUCAUAAGAUUGGUGCCUGCCCUUUGUCUUGAAAGAUCUUUUUGCGGCUCCAUGUUGAGUAGCCACCAUGUUAAAAUGAUCUCUUUCAGAGCAUUGAUUUGGACAACGUUGAACACCUCCAAGUUUUCAGCAGUUAAAGAGAGCCAAGUUGGUCAGAAUACCAAGAACUCAGCUUCUUUUGGCAGUAUUGGAACAAGAGCAAUCUUGUUUGUAUGUAGCAUGCACCUGCUCGUUGGCACCAUUUCUUCGCCAUCUGCAGGCAUUGCAUCUAUUCUAAUGGGAUGCUUUCUUCUCCCUUGCUGGGUUCCCAAGUACUCUUAACCUCGCACUGAUCGAGUAUUUCAAUUUGUGUUUGUAUUCGUUCGAGUUGAUUCGACAAGGGUCUGAAGUAGUAAUUGCCGUUGGUUUCUGGCUUGAAUCACUGGUACUUCUUCAUUUAGAAGAAAGAAAAAAACAGAAAAUUUGAUUGUGGGCGAG